UGCCGGCGCCUCCUUCCCCGUCAAGCAUUCCUUCGCACUUUGUUGCAUUUCUGAAUCCUGAUCUGCAAAGAGAAUCCCCAAACUCCAGCUAGCUCGUGGUUUAGGGUUCCAGAGUCGGCGAAGAUGUCGGCGCCGUGGUGGGACUCGGACUGGAAGGACCGCUCCGGGCCGGAGUACCGCGCUUUCGUGAGCAACCUACCCUACAGCACCAACGACGGCUCCCUCAAAGACGCCUUCUCCUCCUACGGCCCCCUCAACGCCGAUGUCGCGUAUGACCGUGACACGGGGAGGUCACGUGGCUUUGGGUUCGUGCAGUUCGAUGACAAGAAGUCGAUGGACAACGCCAUCCAGGGGAUGAACGGCCAGCAGGUCGGCGGCCGCACAGUCUCCGUCAGCCAGGCGAACGAGCGCCCCCGCCGCUGGAGGGCGUGAGCCGCUCAGCAGGCCGGCGGCGCCUGGCCAGCGGCCGCGGUCAGGGCGUCAGGCAGGCUUACGGCGGGCCAGUUAUCAUCACCCUUACCGUUUUUUAGCUCUCUAUCAGUAGUGUUUGGUCCUCUAUCGUUAGCAUUUGCGGUUUGUCAAGUUUAGUGUCGUGGGAUGGAACUUGCCUUGAUGGUGCUAAGGUGUAAGGUGUUCGUUGGCUUGAUAAUGCUAAGUUUCGUCGUUGGCUUUGUGUGCCUGUGAACUCGACAAGUCAUCUGUCGUCGUAUUCGUAUGCUUUGAAUCUAUGAAAUGGAACUUAUCGUAUGUAUUAUGUC